AUGAAAACUCAAUUUUUUUUCAAUUGUUUUCUUUUUAUUCUUUUUACUAUCAAAGGAAUCAAAUGUACAGGAUGCGGCUACCCAGGAGCGCCAGCCCACAGCACAGUACGCUUCACGGAUAAUUUAGACGACGUGCUCGACGAAGAAGAUUCAUUGAUAAAAGACACUGUCUUCCCGACAGAAACUGUUGCUACUUACGCAUGUGAGCGCGGGUUUGAGUUGCUGGGACCUGCGAGAAGACAGUGCCAGCCUGAUGGCACUUGGACACCUGAAGGCGUACCUUUUUGUGUGUUGAACGUCGCUGGAGGCAAGGCCCCGAUGCAAUCUAGCAGCUCUGAAGGUGGAAUACCUCAAAAGGCUGUCGAUGGUAGCAGCGGUCAAGUUUACAACCCUCAAACUUGCACACUCACCAGGGCAGAGGUCAAACCUUGGUGGUAUGUUAAUUUAUUGGAACCUUACAUGGUACAGUUGGUCAGGUUGGACUUUGGAAAAGCUUGCUGUGACGGCAAUGCGGGAACAAUAGUGGUGCGCGUUGGUAAUAACCGUCCGGAUCUUGGUACAAAUCCGAUUUGUAAUAAAUUUUCCGGGCCGCUUGAAGAAGGCCAGCCAUUAUUUUUACCCUGCAAUCCACCGAUGCCUGGAGCAUUUGUCUCUGUACAUUUAGAAGCUUCUUCUCAUGCACCGACGCCUGUUCAACUGUCGCUUUGUGAAGCUUUUGUUUAUACUGACCAGGCAUUACCAAUAGAAAGAUGUCCGCAAUUCCGUGACCAGCCUCCAGGAUCAACCGCAACUUACAAUGGAAAGUGUUACAUAUUUUACAACCGCCAGCCGAUGCAAUUCCGGGAAGCUCUAUCAUUCUGUCGAGCCCGAGGAGGAACUUUAGUCGACGAGAGCAAUCCAGCCCUCCAGGGCUUUAUAUCGUGGGAAUUAUGGCGUCGUCAUCGCAGCGAUACCUCGAGCCAGUACUGGAUGGGCGCAGUGCGCGAUUCCAAGGACAAAAGUGUCUGGAGAUGGACCGGAAGUGGCGAUGAAGUCGCUGUUUCCUUCUGGAGUCUCCCUCAAGGCUCUCAGGAAGAUUGCGCGCGUUAUGAUGGAAGCAGAGGCUGGCUCUGGUCAGACACUCCCUGUACUGCGAGGCUCAAUUACAUCUGCCAGCACCAACCGCGGGCUUGUGGUAGACCCGAACAACCGCCAAACUCAACAAUGAUAAUCACUAAUCAAAGUGACGACUCCCCCGCAUCGGCUUCAUCUUCAUCAGGAAGCAAUUUCCAAGUUGGCGCAACAGUUGCUUACAGUUGUAAUGCAGGAAGUCUCCUGAUAGGACCCGCAACUCGUACAUGCUUAGACACUGGAUUUUACAACGAAUUCCCACCAGUUUGCAAAAGUAUUGAAUGCGGUUUUCCAGCUAGUAUCAAGCACGGAGAGUACACGCUUAUCAACAAUACUGUGACUUACUUGAGCCAAGUCCUCUAUUCCUGUGAAGAUGGUUACGAAAUGACAGGUCGAGCGCGGCUCACGUGUGACAUCGACGAGCGUUGGAACGGACCACCGCCGCGAUGCGAGCCCAUUCGGUGUGACCCACCUCCAUUGGUGAGUCACAGCACUAUUCAGCUGGACGAAAUGAAUGCUGACAACAGCCUGGACAAUAAAAACACAAACCGUAGCUUAAUAGUGGGCAGCAUUGUCACUUAUACUUGCGAUAAGGGCUACCAAGUCUCCGGUAGUCGACAAAUUUUAUGCUUACCCACCGGAUUGUACGAUCACCCGGCUCCGGUUUGCUUGCUCGAAGAAAGUCGCACGACGACCCGAGCAACCUCACGACCGCCUGUUACGCGUGGCAAGCCGUUUUACCCAGCAAGAACGCGGACCACGACAGAGCAAACUUCAACAGACUCCACCAACGCAGCAGCUGAAGAUAAAAUUUCUCUCGGUGAAUUACCAGCUACUGUUCGCGAGGCUGCUGUGAAAAAACCCGCAGUUUCGCUCUACAGACCCUUUUCUUCUUCUUCUUCUUCGCCUAUACAACACACCAGCAACUACAAUAAUAAUAAUAAUAGUGAUGAUGACCAUCCACAAGACAAUGAAAUUUCAGGAAGCGGAGUUGAUAACGCUCGAGCGAAAAUUGCAUCAGGCGUCGCAGAGCCAACAGGUCCAUUUAGAGUUGACAGCACUGGUUAUCAACCCAAGCUCAGUCUUGGGGGUAUGAUUACUCUAGGUGUCGUCGGAUUUGUAAUCGUUGUGUCCGUGAUUGCUACCACAGUAGUAGUUUUCAUGAAAAGGUCUCGAGGAGGACGCAGCAAGCAUUACAGACACCGCGCCUCACCAGAUUGCAACACAGUAGCUAGCUUUGAUAGCAGCUCAUCAGAAAGUCGCGGGGGACUCAACAGAUACUACCGGCAGGCGUGGGAAAACUUGCACGAGACAGCUGGACAGAAAGCAAACCCUCCACUGAGACGCAAAGACACUUUGGAUGAUCCUAAUUACCGUGAUAAUUACCGCGGUAAUGACAAUAGCAACUCUACCACAGACGAUACUGGUAACAAGCAUUCAGAUAAAAAAAGACAUCACCAUCAUCAUCAUCAUCAUCACGGAUCGACGACGAAUUCCGAGUGGCGACAGUCUCAGUCUCACCACCGAUAUUAAUUUUAUUAAUUUAUCAUACGUAUCAUAUAUAUCAUUUAUGAUUUAUGUAUGAUAAAAAUACUUAGUUAUAAUAUCGGUAAUUAUUUACAAGUGGGGUCAAC